UUCCGCCUACAAUUGGGAAUGGAAGCAACAAGUUUCCAAUUACCGAAUCUGCCGAACCCAUCUCCCACAAUUGCUGAACGCAGGAUGCUUACCCGUAAACCCCUAUUGAGAAUCAACAUCAAGGAAACCUGCAAUAGGAUUAUCAACCCGAUGUAACCAAUAUAAACAGAAAACCCCUUAUCGACGUACUACAAGGAAAAAAAUUUGGCUGGACUCGGGUAGUAGCAUAGGAUCGAUAAUGCACGGAAUACUGCAUGUAAGACAUCUAAACAAGCUAGCUAUGUAGCAACGUGACCCCCUGAAGUCUGGACCCCGAGUCUGAGUCUGGUCUGCUCACGGUCCAUAAUCCAUAAUACCCGGGAUCUCUUAGAUCCCAACUACGACCUUGCAGUGCCGUAGCGUCGAUCGAAAAAAUGCUUAGCCUUGACUUCAACCAAGUCUGUUUGCCGGAUGGGUCGAUGAUGGAGGUGACCAGCCUUGCGGAGCCAUGAGUGCUGGCCCACUGGGUCCCGGGAGAGACAUCGAAGGAGCUUCUAGACUCCGGCCAGGAAUGCAGGCUUGCAGCAAUGAUAAAUAGUCCGCUUUCCACGCUCCCCCAGGGAUGGAGACUCGGAAAUCUCGCAGUUAGGAGCUUACACGCAGUAGAUCACGACGAGCAGACACUAGGUUAGUCGAUCAGAGGCUAUAGUUGACAAAGGAACUUGGCAUACUAUUUCAGACCAUUAUAUUGCCAAUCUCGUCGUUGCCACAAUGCUAGCUCAAAAGCAACUAUUAUGGUGUGUCUUAGCAUACGCAUCGCAAAUAGCGAGCGGCCUUGCUUUACCAAUGCCAGAGUCGUCCCAACCCAACUACGGGCUCCCACAAAGGAACGCCCUUACUCCCCGAGCAAAAAAGGGAUUCGGAAACGGAGUUCCCCUGCGAAUCAUGCCCCUAGGAGCCUCCAUCACCUUCGGCUUCGGGUCCUCGGACAACAACGGGUACCGCAAGGACUUGCGCGACAAGCUCGAGGCCGCCGGGAACAAGGUCAACAUGGUCGGGAACAACCCGUCCGGGACCAUGAAGGACAACGACACGGAGGGCUGGAAGAGCUACACGAUCGACCAGGUGCGCGACAAAGCUAACACCUCCGUGCCCAAGUACAAGCCCAACGUGGUGCUCGUCAACGUCGGCACCAACGACUGCGUGCAGAACAAAGACGUGCCCAACGCGGGGGCGCGCCUGCGCACCCUCCUCGACGCGCUGUACGCCGAGUCGCCCAAGGCCACCGUCAUCCUGUCCACGCUGCUCGUGAACCGGGACCCGGACGUGCAGGCCCGCGUGGAGGACUACAACGCGCAGCUCAAGAAGGUCGGGGACUCGCUGCAGCGCGACGGCAAGAAGCGCCUCGUCGUCGUCGACAUGCAGAGCGACAACGGGCCCGAGGUCGACGACCUGAAUACCGACGGCACGCACCCCGACGACGCCGGGUACAGGAAGAUGGCCGAUGUGUUCUACGAGGGCCUCGAGGAGGCUGAUCGCCGGGAUUACUUUGUGGCAGCUGACAAGGUCGACGGGCUCGCGGACGACGGCGCGUAGGCUACCCUGAGUCGGCCCGUAUUUCCUUCACGGCUUCGGAAUGGAUGGAUGGGUGGAUGUAUAGGUAUUGGGUCAUAUUUGAGCGUUUUCAGCAUGGCGUUCCUCGAUGAAGGGUUAAUACGACGGAACUUGGCCUUGUUUUCGAUGGGAACUACUUGCUACUAUAUUGGCAUAAUACCCCUCCCAUGAAAUUACGCGUUUAUGUUAUUCUAUAUGGAUAUUGGUACGGUGCUGGCUCUUGGAUGCUGUAAUGAGGUAAUUGGUUGGACUGAUCCGAGAGGACAUAUGUUAACUAGGUACCUACGUGAAGAAGUAAUGGAUACCCAGGUAUGAAGAUUAAAGUUAGAUUUGAAUGGCCAAUUUCCGUAGAUGUCUGAAAUUGGAUUAUAAUUCGUAUCGAGAUAAAC